AUGUGCCUGAAUGUGGAGCCGGAUGAGGGAGAGCACACCUUGGCCACCAAGAAAGCUCAGUUGUUGUCUCUGUCUUUUCUCACCAUCUCCUCUGGUUCAGUCUGUGGUAAGCGCUACAAGAAUCGCCCUGGGUUAAGCUACCAUUACGCACAUUCCCACCUUGCGGAGGAAGAGGGAGAGGACAAGGAAGACUCGCAGCCCCCCACACCUGUCUCUCAGAGAUCGGAGGAACAAAAAUCCAAGAAAGGCCCAGAUGGCUUGGCCUUGCCCAACAAUUACUGUGACUUCUGCCUGGGAGAUUCCAAAAUCAAUAAGAAAACAGGACAACCUGAAGAGCUGGUUUCAUGUUCUGACUGUGGCCGAUCGGGACACCCUUCCUGCCUGCAGUUCACACCAGUCAUGAUGGCAGCAGUGAAGACCUAUCGCUGGCAGUGUAUCGAAUGCAAGUGCUGUAACAUUUGUGGGACCUCUGAAAAUGAUGACCAGCUGCUCUUUUGUGAUGAUUGUGACCGUGGUUAUCACAUGUACUGCCUCACGCCACCCAUGUCAGAACCACCUGAAGGGAGCUGGAGCUGCCACUUGUGUCUGGACUUGCUGAAGGAGAAAGCCUCGAUCUAUCAGAACCAGAACUCCUCCUGAUGGGCUGCAGAGGAGAAAGAGAGGUCAAGAGAAGAGACACCUUUGGUUCUCUGCUGCAUUACAGGGCUCUUUUUUCCUUCUUUCUUUCUUGGUUUAGUCUUCUGUUACACAGCCUUCUGCUCUUCGUCCGUGUCUUCUCCCUCACCGGUUGGGUCAGGCCUCUGCUGACUGUCUCCGUCCUGUGCACAGUUUCAGGGUACGAUCCCGCACCCCAUAGCUUCUGCCCUAGAUGUAAGGAAUUCAUGGUCCUUUCCUCGGGAGGCCAAAGUGUUCACGGCUGGCUCAGAAGCGCCAAAUGGAGAUCCCUGUUAUCUAUGGCCUUAAUGUUCCAGGAUAAAAUCUUCACUUGAGCUGGGUGCGCACCUUGUAAUAUGUGCUGUAUGAAAGGCAGCUCCUUUCAUCUCACUGAUAUGCUAUUCUAUCAAGAGUGAACUCUCACGCUUCUGUCUUGUGAGCAGAGCUGGCAGCUUGGAAAAGAAAAUCUCUUUGAGCAUUAUGGCUUUUAAAAUCCUUUCUCCCCUGUGUUCCAGUGCCACCCAAGUUGGCUAAGAAAUAACUCAACACAAACAGAGGAUAUUGAGUCCUGCCCAUUCAGGUCACCUGCAUCUCCUUAAGAAAGUGGUUUUGUUCCCCAACAUGGUUAAUAUUGAUCCAGUACCAGCUUAUUUCAGCCUUUGAAUCCCAAGGAAAUCUGCGUCAUACUGGUGGAAACCCAGCCUUGGACUUAACUCAGACAGGUGUGAAAACAAGGUGACUGUUUUUCCCAGAUUGGAAAAGAUCUUGAAAGAUUUGCUCUCGCUCUGAUGGAGGCUGGAUUCAAAUCCAAAGAACUUUCUCUCAACCCAAAAGCGCCCUCUCCUUUUUUUCACGAACCGUUACCAUAUUUUUAACCAGGACUGUAUCUUGGGGUUGGGGAAAGCCCUUUCUCCGUAAGAGCUUGUCUCCAUCUUAUUUUAUCAUGUCCCUCGCCUGUGGGGUUUUGACCGCAGUUCUAAGGUGGCAUAUCUGUGUAAUGGUGGGUUUUAAUCAUGUUUUUAAUCCCUGGAGAGCCUGCCCCUGUUUUUUGCUUGCAUUUUAGAUUAUUCCUCUUGUAUUACGCUUUUCCCCCCCUAUUUGGUGUAGAAAUAGCUUUGCUUGUUUUUGGACCUCUGCAGGAAAAUGGGUGUCGCUUGAAGGGCAGAGAGCGGACAGCCUCCUGUAUGGAUGAUCCUUUACCUGCCUUUGUGGAGGGAGCAUCCUUCCCUUCUGUUAAGCAGUAGAGCUCAAAGGAAGACCAUCCCAAGGCCUUUUGCCCAUUUCCCCACCCUCCAUGCAUUAGGUGCCUCUCUGUGACAUUGGCCACUGGUCUCUGUGCCACCUUCUGUGGGCCACUGUAUUUUUUUUUGGGGGGGGGGAUCUUAGCCUUACUUGACUUCUGCCAAGUUUUUAUUUGUCGCACCGUAUGUAUGUGCGCGCGCAUGGAUGUGUGGGAGGGAGGCGGUGAACGGUUACGCUUUUCAUCCCUUACUGCUGUCUGGUGAGAAUCUAAUGGGAGCUGGCACUAGCUGACACUUUGUAAACUGCUUAUUGAGUGCUUAAGCGCACUGGUAAGCGGUAUAGAAAUGUGCUUGCUAUUGCUUUUGCUGUGCCGGAGUGAAUGAAAAUGAUUUCUCCCUUCCAUUGCCCGCUUGGCUUUUGCCUCUUCGUUGGAGGCGUUUGUCCUCGCAAGUGACCGUUUGAAAAGCCCUUCUUGAUUCCGACUCCUCCUUUUUCAAGGAAUGGCAAUUGGAAGUGUUCUUCUCUGGAAUAGGGUUCUGUGUAAUAAUAUAUGAGAUAUGUGCCUGUUUUUUUCUAAAAUUGACUUCAGACCUACCUCCGAAAGCCCUUCCCCUAUUGACGCGUCUUUCCACGCUCCUUCGAACCCAUGUUCCCUUUUACUUUUGUGUUAGGUGGUGCAAGGUGGCUGAGGAAUGCGAGAAGGGGCUGCUACAAGUGUUGUGCCUCUCUUAGGUUAGGAAUUCAAGUUUAUCCCAAACGUGGACACUAGAAUAGUUUGGUUUAACUUCACAUAAGGCCUAAAUUGUGGAAGGAUGCCAUCUUGGUAUCACCACACUGAUAGAUAGCAUAGAUCUCUGUAGGGGAGAAAGGGGCUCUUUGGCAAUGGGAUGGGAAGAGUUGGCCCCUUUGCCUGUGUGUUAUGCCAGGUUUUCAUGCGGACGAGAGGGUUUCAGGGUUUAAAUGUCAUUGUUUUCCUGUGAACUCUUUGAGGUUCGUUCGGGGUGCCAAGAGUGGUCUCCAGGUUGAGGAGAAGGUAGCAUCAUUGCGCACUUACAUAACCCUGGAUCUCUUUUAGGGCCACAGCGCCACAAAAGGAACUCGUUUAGUUUCCUUAGCGUUGCACUGGAUUUCUCUGCGCAGUUUGCGGAGAUGGCGGCGGGUCGAGGAGAAGGUAGUUGGAUGCACAAAAUGUGGAGGUGCCUGUCAUUGAGGAAACACGACGGGGCGGGCUUGUCGUCCCAGCCCCAACAUUCAAAGCAUCACACCUGUGUCUUAAAAACAAAAAUCAUUACCUGAAUAAAACACCAAAAUGGCUUUUUUUGACUUCUCUUUUAUUGUAGUCUUACUGUCUGUGUGGUGGGGAUAGGUUAAACAGUAAUAAUCCAUGUGCAACCCCUGCUGCGUUGUGAGGAUUUCAUGCUCAGGUUAGUUUGUUAGGUUGAGGUCGGGUGGCAUAAGCCUUGGAAAAAGAGAGAGCGAGAGAGAGCAGGUUCAGGCUUCUUACAUUGGCUUGGUUCGAUGCUGUCUUUUGUGGCAUGGGACAGUCCUCAGUUUCUUUAUCCUUUCUUCUUGCAUCCUUUCAUUUCUUAAGGGCGCUCAGGAGGCCAAAAUACCUCAGCCCUUUGCUUUUUAAGUGCCCGCCUGUCGGUUUUGCGACCCCUUGCCCCCGAGUUGUCGUCCUUCCCCUACUUUGCAUCCCUCCUUCCUCCUCUUCCUCUUCCUACCUUUCAUUUUAACCGCCAAGGAUUGCACAUUUUGUUGCAAAUGCAUUCAUUUUGCGAAAUGUGGGAUUUUCAUUUGAAAGAGAAGUUCUGAGGCUCUCCUCCUGCCCUUCUUUUUAUUGCCAUUGAAGCUAAAAUGUGUUUUGGCUUUUUCUUUUUUAUUAUUAUUUUAAGGUACUGUAAUAAAACAUUAGUGAAUAAAUAUCAUUUUUACACAGAA